AUGGCUCCAUCCAGAUUAACAUUCACUUUGUCUGACGAAUCCAAAGAAAGAAUCACCAAGGUUUUGGAAUACUCCAAGGUCAUUGCUCACUACGGAUUCAUUCCAUUUGUUUUAUACGUUGGUUGGAAAUCUGCUCCAGAAAAACCAAAUUUGAUGAACUUGUUGACUCCAAUCCCAGCUUCUAUUUAA